AAAAAAAAAAAAAAACGAUAGAAUUUGUAUCAUACAAAAAUAUUGUUGUUAGAAAAUUAAUUUUUAGAAUUCAAACAAAUUGUAUAUAGACAUAUGUAGUUUUGUUUUCUAAUAAAAAGGUGUGCAAAUACUUUAAAUAAGUACAACACUUAAAAUGGAUUAAAUGCGUCGAGUAUUCACCUAUAGUUUAUUUUAUUUAUGCACACUGAUUGAAUUGAAACUAGCAAAGAACAAAUGCGGGGACUCAAAUGUACUCCUGCGUCAUUUUACUAAUGCAACAUUUUUUAUUGGAGGUAUUUUCCCAACUCAUCAUUUGCAAAAUGAAUCUUAUACUCUCAACGAAGGAGCGAUAUUAUGGGUAUCGUCAAUGAUGCUUGCGAUUCAAGAAAUUAAUGAAAAUAACAACAUACUUCCUGGAAUAAAAAUUGGAUACGACAUACGAGACUCAAGAAACGAUGUAUUUUGUGCAUGCCAACAUGUUUUAGAUUUCUUGCUAAAUAAAAGGACGAGUCCUCUAAUGAUUGGGGUUAUAGGGCCAGCAUCUAGCUCUUUAAGUGUUGCUGUCAGCACUUUAUUGCUACCUGACUAUAUUCCACAGAUAUCACAUUCAUCCACUAGCAUGAUCUUAUCACAAAGAUCUGUAUAUCGAAACUUUUUGCGCACCGUACCACCUGAUGUAUACCAAGCAAAAGCGUUACUUGAUUUAAUUGACUACUUCCAAUGGACUUAUAUAUCUUUAUUUGCAUCAGAUGAUGAGUAUGGUCGUUUUGGACUUGAGGAAGUCCGAAAGGCUGCUAUGGAAAAAAAUAUUUGCUUUUCUGUUGAAAAAUUAUUUAGUGCAUCAAUUCAAAAUGAGGAGGUGGAUGCAGUUUUGGAGAGUAUUGAACAAAAUUCGCGUAUUGUAAUAUUGUGGUGUGACUCUCACAACGCUAUGAAAAUUAUUUCUAAAAGUUUGGAGCGAGGUUUACAAGAUAUAAACUGGAUAGGAACUGAAUCUUGGGGAAACGAUAUCGUUGCAAUGCUUAAACAAUACUCUUUUCUAACACACAAUAUAUUUGUAUUGCGUCUCAAAGAAUACGCAAUAAAAAAUCUUCAUGAUGAAAUACACAAUGCAAAUGUCGCAAGUAAAAUCAAUUGUGAUAAUCCAUGGUAUAAAGAAUUUUUGAGUAAACAUACUAAAGAUUGCCCAGAAUUUAUUCCUAGUUUAUCAACUAUGUUGUCUAAAAGAAAAACAGCGCAGGUUUUUGGUGCUGUAUAUGCUUUAGCGUACGGGCUGCACAGCUAUUUAAAUUGUUCAUUUACAACAUGUGUCACAUCAUCUGAACGUAUAAAUUACCAAUUAUUAUAUAAACACGUGGUGAAUACAAGUUUUUUUGUACCUGCAAGCAACUAUUCAGUUAGGUUUGAUAUAAAUGGAGACUUUUUAUUAUCUGCGUAUGAGUACAUACUAGUUGAUCAGAUAUCUUUUACUGAAUUCGGAACUUGGGAAUAUCAUUUUGAUAAGCCAGCCACAAUAGAUAUAAACCAAUCAAAAAUUUCUUGGAAAAAUAUAUCCACUCCAAAAACUGUUUGCAGUGCAAGCUGCUACCCUGGUACGUAUCGACUUAACUCGACUGAAUCUAAGUGUUGCUGGUUUUGUACACGUUGUGAAAGAGGUUAUAUUACAAGAUCAAUAAAUGAAUAUAAGUGUACAAAGUGCCCUCCUACUACUUUAGAAAAUUCAAACCAAACUCAAUGUAACAAUUUGACUGAAGUCAGAUUAAAAAUUUACAGUACAACUGGAAUAGUUAUUAUCGUUGGUUCAUUACUAGGUGUAUUUUUUACAAUAAUUGUGUUUAUUUUCUAUUUAUUUAAUUGGAAUAACCCCAUUGUUAAAGGUGCUAACAGAGAAAUGUCUUGUAUCCAGCUGUUUUCUCUUAAAUUUUUGUUUUUGUUCUCAUUUUUAUUUUUUAAAAAACCAACCCCAAUGUUGUGUAUGUUAAGAUCGUCAUUAUUUGGUUUUUUAUUUACUACAAUUCUCGCUUUUGUUGUUGUGAAAACAUACAGAUUGGUUCGCGUAUUUAAUGGACGGUUUACAAAAGUUUCCAAAUACUUAGAAAAUAAAUUUCAAGUAUUUUUUUCUUUUUUACUUGUAUUCCUACAAACUUCAACUGUUGUUAUUUGGCAUAUCUAUCAUCCUACUAAUAUACAAACUAUACCUGAUUCUAAUCGCAGCAAUUAUUAUCUUGUCUGUGAUAAUGAAAAACCGUUAUUUUGGAUUUCAUUAACAUAUUUUUGUAUAUUAGCUAUUGUAAGUGGGUAUAUGGCUUUCCGAGCGCGGAAACUUCCUGAAAAUUUUAACGAAACACAAUACAUUGCCUAUGCUAUGUUUACAGUGUGUCUAUUUUGGUUUACAUACAUUCCAAUUCAUUUUAGUGUUGAUCCACACGAAUCUAUAGUGGCGUUUUUAUGCAUCAAUUUAUUAUCCUGUUACAGCAUGCUUAUAACUUUGUAUGGAAAAAAGAUAAGCUACGUAUUAUAUUAUUCAAAAUUAAACAGACCAAAACUUAGUAAUAACAGUUCCGUAGAAACCAUUUCAUGCAAUUUUAAUUUUGAGGAAGUUGUCCAAUCAGAUUGUUCCUCGACGAAAACAAUUAACUCCGAGGUAGUUUGUAAUAAAAAUGCGCUUGCACAUUUAGAUUCUUUAAUACCAACGUUGUAAACAGUUUUUUUUUGCGUUUUUUAUACUUUUAAGUAAAUUUUUGUAAAUAGUUAUGUAUAUAUUAUAUAUAAUUUUUCUUUUUUACGCAAACUGGCUCAGAAUGCGAGACUUAUGUAGUAAAAACAAACUAAAUAGAAAAAACAAGUUUAACAUACAACACCUUCAUUUUUUUC